AUGGGUGUCCUCCAGAUCGCGGCCAACCACCCGCUCAUGCACGCCUUCCAGGCCCAGAGCAUCGUCGUUCAGUCCGCCGUCCUCUUCUUUGGCGUGAUCGCGCUCUCUGUUAUCCUCAAUGUCGCCGGCCAGAUCCUAUUCCGGAACAAGAACGAGCCGCCAAUGGUCUUCCACUGGUUCCCCUUUAUCGGCAGCACCAUCACCUACGGCAUGGACCCUCCCACCUUUUUCCACGUGAACCGUAAAAAGUACGGUGACGUCUUCACCUUUAUCCUCCUCGGCAAGAAAACCACCGUCGCGGUCGGCCCUGCCGGCAACGAAUUCAUCCUCAACGGCAAGCUCAAGGACGUCAAUGCCGAAGAAAUCUACACCGUCCUGACUACGCCCGUCUUCGGCCGUGACGUUGUCUACGAUUGCCCCAACGCCAAGCUCAUGGAGCAGAAGAAGUUCAUGAAGAUUGCCCUCACCACUGAGGCUUUCCGGUCCUACGUCCCCAUCAUCUCCAACGAGGUCACGUCCUACUACAAGCGCGACUCCGGCUUCAAGGGCGCCACUGGUAUCGUCGACGUGCCGCAAAAGAUGGCCGAGAUCACCAUCUUCACCGCCUCGCACGCGCUCCAGGGCAGCGCCAUCCGCCGCAAGUUUGACGUAUCACUCGCUGCCCUCUACCACGACCUCGACAUGGGCUUCACGCCCAUCAACUUCAUGCUGCACUGGGCGCCGCUGCCGUGGAACCGCCGCCGCGACCACGCCCAGCGCACCGUUGCCAAGAUCUAUAUGGACACCAUCCGUGAGCGCCGCGCCCGCGCCGACGACGAUGGCGAACUCGACAUGAUGAAGCACCUGAUGAACUCGAGCUACAAGAACGGCACGCCCGUACCCGACCACGAGGUUGCGCACAUGAUGAUUGCCCUGCUCAUGGCCGGUCAGCACUCGUCGUCGUCAACGAGCUCCUGGAUCAUGCUUCGCCUCGCUCAGAACCCCAAGAUCAUGGAGGCCCUCUACGACGAGCAGGUCGCCGUGCUCGGUGCGGACCUGCCCCCGUUGCAGUACGAGGACCUCGCCAAGCUGCCCCUCAACCAGGCCAUCAUCAAGGAGACACUCCGCCUACACGCCCCCAUCCACUCCAUCAUGCGCGCGGUGAAGCAGCCCCUGCCCGUGCCCGGCACCAAGUUUGUCAUCCCAACCUCGCACGUCCUCCUUGCCGCUCCCGGCGUCAGCGCCAGCGACCCGACCUUCUUCCCCAACCCGGAUGAGUGGGACCCCUGCCGCUGGCUGCCCGGCUCGCCCAACGCCCCGACCAUCGCCCCGCGCAACGACGACGAUGACGAGAAGAUUGACUACGGCUACGGCAUCGUGAGCAAGGGCGCCGCGUCCCCGUACCUGCCGUUUGGCGCCGGCCGCCACCGCUGCAUCGGCGAGCAAUUCGCCAACGUCCAGCUCCAGACCAUCGUCGCCGAGACCGUCCGCUUGUUCCGGUUCGCCAACGUUGACGGCGGUGACAGCAUUUCCGGCACAGACUACGCCUCGCUCUUCUCGCGGCCCUUGGAACCGGCCAAGGUUCGCUGGACGCGCAGGGACGAGCACUGA